AAAAACCUGCCAUUGCUCCGCCCGUCUUUGUGUUUCAGAAGGAUAAAGGACAAAAGUCCUCUGCAGAGCAAAAAGACUUGUCGGAUUCGGGAGAGGAGCCUCGGGGGGAGGCUGAGGCCCCCCACCAUGGCACGGGUCACCCCGAGUCAGCUGGUGAGCAUGCCCUAGAGCCUCCUGCCCCCGCUAGCGCUUCAGCCAGCACUCCUGAAGCCCAGCUUCUUCCUUUCCCGCGAGAACUGGCAGGGCAGGAAGAAGAAAAGACUCUUCUUUUGAAUCCAGAGGGAACCCCUUGAGCCCUUUAUCUUUGUAUUGAGAAGGCUUUUGAAGAUUAUAGGUGGAGAAGAUUGUGAACUCUCGAGAACAAGAAAUGUCUUGAGUGUUUGGAGGUUGAUAAAAUGGGAAAGAGGCCAGCCGGAGGCUCCAGCCCCGAAGGUGGAGAAGAUUCCGACCGAGAAGAUGGAAAUUACUGCCCUCCUGUCAAGCGAGAAAGAACGUCCUCUUUAACCCAGUUCCCACCGUCACAGUCAGUAUCAAAAAACAAUGUUUUUAUGCCAUCAACCUUCUGCGAGCCAUCUGCAGGCAAUUCUGACUCAGAACCAGAGGAAAAGAGCAGUGGGUUCCGGUUGAAGCCACCAACACUGAUCCACGGCCAGGCACCCAGCGCAGGUCUGCCGAGCCAGAAACCCAAGGAGCAACAGCGGAGUGUGCUUCGCCCGGCGGUGUUGCAGGCCCCGCAGCCAAAGGCACUGUCACAGACCGUCCCCAGCAGCGGCACCAACGGGCUCAGCAUCCCGGCAGACUGCACGGGGGCCACGACGGCCACAUCGCCCGACACCCCCGCGCGGAGAAGUCCGUCUGAUGAGGCGCGAGCGCCUGAGGACAAAGACCCCCAGAAGAAUGAGCCUAGCGGUACCGGGGAGGACUGUGAGAAAGCAGAGCGGGCUGUACAGCAGGCGUUUGUGUUCGGACAGAACCUGAGGGACAGAGUCAAGUUAAUACACGAGAACACUGAAGUGGCUGACAUGGAGAAUGCCGGACAUCCCAGUUCAGAAACGCCGACUGCGACCAACUAUUUCCUUCAGUAUAUCAGCUCCAGUUUAGACAACUCGACCAACAGUGCCGACACCGCCAGCAACAAAUUCGUGUUUGGCCAGAACAUGAGCGAGCGCGUGCUGAGCCCCCCCAAGUUAAAUGAAGUCAGUUCAGAUGCCAACAGAGAAAACGCGGCUGCUGAAUCCGGGUCCGAGUCCUCGUCCCAGGAGGCCACCCCCGAGAAAGCCAAUAACAUUUCAGAGUCCCUGGCCGAGUCGGCAGCCGCCUACACCAAGGCAACAGCCCGGAAGUGUUUGCUGGAAAAAGUGGAAGUCAUCACCGGGGAGGAAGCGGAGAGCAACGUGUUACAGAUCCAGUGUAAGCUGUUUGUCUUUGACAAGGCCUCACAGUCGUGGGUGGAAAGAGGCCGGGGGCUGCUCAGACUCAACGACAUGGCGUCAACUGACGAUGGGACACUACAGUCCCGACUAGUGAUGCGGACCCAGGGCAGCUUGCGGCUGAUCCUCAACACCAAGCUGUGGGCCCAGAUGCAGAUUGACAAGGCCAGUGAAAAGAGCAUACGCAUCACAGCCAUGGACACCGAGGACCAGGGCGUGAAGGUUUUCCUGAUCUCAGCCAGUUCCAAGGACACGGGCCAGCUGUAUGCGGCCCUGCACCACCGCAUCCUGGCCCUGCGCAGCCGCGUGGAGCAGGAGCAGGAAGCCAAGAUGCCUGCCCCCGAACCCGGGGCAGCCCCAUCCAACGAGGACGACAGUGACGAGGACGUCCUGGCUCCAUCAGGGGCCACCGGAGGCGGUGCUGGCGAUGAAGGGGACGGGCAGACGGCCGGGAGCACAUAGCGCCGGGAGCCGGCUGCCCGCGAGCCUGCUGCUUUGUCCGUCUGUCCGCCCGCCCGCCCCGCCCCGCCCCGCCGGCAGUGUUGAGGCGUGGGGCUCGGGAACCACACUCCCCGCUGGGUUGGCCACAGUUCGGAUCCGCAUGUCCCGUUCAGAAGCAGACUCGGGAACUGCCUGAAUGUGGUUUGGGACACGAGACCUCAUCAUAUUGAUGAGCAAAACGAAAAAGAACAUUUCUUCCCUCCCCUCCUUUGAAUCGAAAUGGCACAUUAAGACUUGUCACGGCUUCUCACUGGGACUGGGACACCUUGUUUCUUCACCCCUCCCUCCUCGUGUCCCCGGCCUCUGUCGCCGCCGCCCACCCAGGCGGGUCUGUCCACACGAGUAUAAACACUGGGCCUGCUGGA